CAAUCAUCAACAAUGGCAUUAGCAGGAUUGAAAAAACAAUUCAACAAAGCCAAUCAGUACAUGAACGAAAAGAUUGGUGGCGUUGAAGGAACAAAAUUUACCGAUGAAUUCACACAACUUGAAAGGAGGACGGAUCUUACCUAUGAAUUGGUGGACGAAUUGAUCAAUCGGACCAAAGAAUAUUUGCAGCCCAAUCCAGCUUCACGAACAAAGCUGAUGGUCAGUUCUAAACUUAAAGGUGCACCAGGUAAACCGCAUUCAUAUCCACAACCUGAAGGUAUUUUGGCCGAUGCCAUGUGCAAAUAUGGAAAAGAGAUCGAUGAAGAAUCCAAUUUCGCAAAAAGUUUGUCUGAAAUGGGUGAAGCUUUACGAGAAAUGGCCGAAGUUAAAUAUGCACUUGAAGAUAAUGUUAAACAAAAUUUCUUGGAACCAUUGACACAUUUUCAAGCAAAAGAUUUAAAAGAUGUUCUGUUUCAUCGUAAAAAAUUGGAAGGACGACGAUUAGAUUAUGAUUGUAAAAAACGUAAACGACAGAAAGGUACACAUUUUAGUGAGGAUGAAAUACGUAUGGCCGAAGAGAAAUUGGAAGAAUCAUACAAUUUGGCAUCGAUGGGCAUGCACAAUAUAUUACAGAAUGAGAUUGAACAAUUAUCGCAGAUCUGUGUACUAGCUGAAGCAUUAUAUGAAUAUCAUAGUCAAUGUGCAAACAUAUUGGAAUCAUUAAAUGCUCGACUAAUGGAAAUAAAAAAUGAAGCAGCCCAACGUACGUUUCAGCCAUAUGAACCGAAAAAACUACAUGAAUUAAAUCUAAAUGUAAUGACAAACAUUGGCCAUGAUGAUCUAUCACCUGGUGACGCACAAAUGAUGAAUGGUUCGAAAUUUUUUACUAAUUCCUGUGAUUUUUUGAAUAAUAAUGAUAAAAGACAAAAUGCUGCCUCUAAAUCCGCCACAAUCAGCAACCAUAUGACAACAAAUGCUUCAUCCUCGACCCAUUCAUCCCCCUUAUCAAUUAAAUCGGGAAAAUUUUCCAAUGGUUUUAGUUCGAACAAUAAUAAUAACAAUAACAUCAGUACAACAGCCUAUCUAUUGAGAGAAAAAACUGGUCAACAUAAAAAUUUAUCACAUAGUAAAAGUUUAUUGAAUGUAUCGAAUAAUAAUAAUAAUAAUAACUUUGGUAAUGGUCCUAAUUCUGCUUGGGCCAGUUGGGAUGAUAAUGAUCAGCCAACAAAAAUUAAAAAUGAUAAUAAUGUUAGUGUUAGUAAUAGUAGUAGUAGUAGUAAUAAAUAUGAUCUAUUAAUAUCGGGGAUUAAUUUUGAUACGACCGGUAUCGAUUGGAAUCAAUGUAAAACAAAUAAUAAUCUUAAGCAAACCAAUUACAACAACAGCAAUCAUUCAUAUAGAAAUUCUUCAUAUCAUCCAUCCACUUCAACCUCACCUCUUCCUUCUCCUGUUCGUUCUCCAGCUCGUACACCGACGGAUACACGUGGCCCAUGUUGUCAAGCACUUUAUGAUUUUGAUGCCGAAAAUGAAAAUGAAUUAAAUUUCAAAGAAGGUGAUAUUAUACAAUUGGUCACAAAAGUGGAUGACAAUUGGUAUGAAGGUUCGAUUAAUGGUCGUACUGGUCUAUUCCCGGUUUCAUAUGUUCAAGUAUUGGUUCCCAUAUAAAGAAAGAACGAACAAAAAACCCAUCUCAAUAAAAACAAAACAAUCAAUCUAACGUUCGCGUACAACUGUCAAAACCAUCUUUUCGAAAAGACUAUAUUCUAUACUUUAUUUUCAAAAAAAAAAAAACAAAAUAUUCAAAAAAAGAAGAAAAAAAAUUCUAAUUUAAAUUAUAUCCUUACAUUAA